AUGGAUCAUAUAGAAGUAACGAAUCACACGGCUCCGGAUCCGCCUCCAAAUGUUUGUAGUACAUCGAGCUCGGAGGUCCAACCGCCAUUGCCAUUAGACCCACCACCUCCUGACGAGAUAUUCAGCUUGAAAGUUAAAAAAGAAAUGGAUGACUCAAAAUUCGAAAACGGCUCCAGUGAGGAAACGAGUGAAACACAUAACAAUGAAGUAGUGAAUGGAGUUAAUGGACUUAAUGGUUCACAGCAAGAAAUAACAGAAAAAUCUAAAGUAACAAUAUGCAGGGACUUCAUAAGAGGGUCAUGUAAACGACCCGGAACUUGUCGAUAUGCACAUAAAUAUGAUCUGAGCCAAUUAGUGGGUGUGUAUACAUUUUGUCGCAAAUACCAAACCGCAGUUUGUACAUUCCCCAACUGCAAAUAUGUGCAUGCAUCCGUAUUUGAAGAGCAUCACUUCUAUAGAACAGGCGUUUUACCACCUCAUGCGUUGGCUCAUCAUAAAAAGAAUAAUGCUGUGCAACCAACGGUCCCACAACAGCAACCACAAGAUCUCCAGAAUAAUUUGACAUUGAACACAAAUAUGUCAAUUAAUCUUACAUUAAAUACUAAUAUGUCUAUGAAUCUGCCAUAUACAAAUCCUCCGCCUGUUCACAAAACGGGUAUUUUGCCACAUGGUUUGGCUCAUCAUAAGAAUAUUAACCAAAUACAUCCCCCACCCCCACCACCGCCUCCGCCGCCACCAGAGGUCCAGAAUAAUUUUACAGAUGAUAAAUCUAUGUCAUUGAAUCAUCCAAUGAUAUUCACGAACCCGCCUCCACCUUUACAAAACGAAUUGCAAUACCACAAAGACGAAACAGAAAAGAUGGCGCGUGCUAAAGACCAAAAAACUGAAAAUACGUGCCUGUUAGUAAAUAAGAAGAAAAAAAUCAAUACACUUAUAUUGGCCCUAUUCAAGUUGCGAUCCAAAGAUCAAUUACUUGGCGACAAGGAGACCAAUCACGGCGGCGAGAAAGAUAAGACAUUUUUAGAGCAGCUAAGCAGCGUCUUCACUGUUAACGGUAGAAUGGCGGCCCUAGGAGAGGAUGAAUAA